UAACCCGGCUAGCCUCCGCGAGAAUAUUUGUGAAGAGCACUCAAUUGUCACUACUCUAUCAACAUUGAGCUGACACUUAUUACAAUGACUCUCGAAGCAAUUAAAUAUCACAGAGGACGAUUAGACAUAUUAGAUCAGCUACGUUUGCCAACAGAAAGUGUAUAUAUUUCAAUAAAUGACACGAAGGAAGCAUGGCAGGCAAUUAAGAAAAUGCAGGUGAGAGGCGCCCCUGCUAUUGCCAUAGUUGGAUGUCUUAGCAUAGUGGUUGAGAUUCUCAAAGAAAACUUCAGUGACAUUGAACAAGUCGCAAAGUUUGUGGAAGAAAAACUCAAAUAUCUGGUAUCAUCAAGACCUACUGCUGUCAACAUGAAUGAUGCUGCAGUGAAGUUUACAGCUCUUGUAAAAAAAAUAAUUUUAGAGACAUCAGCAACCGUUGAAAGUGUUAAACAAAAAAUUGUCGAAGCUCUUGAAAAGAUGUUCGAAGAUGACAUAGCUACUAAUAAAGCUAUUGGUCAAUAUGGUGCUGAGUGUAUCUUACUUCGCAUUGGUCAGAGCGGUGAUAAUCAAGUGCGUAUCCUGACUCACUGCAACACAGGAUCUCUGGCCACAGCAGGAUAUGGGACUGCCCUUGGUGUUAUAAGAAAACUGCAUGAAAUGAAGAAGUUGGACCAUGCCUUCUGUACAGAGACCAGACCCUACAACCAGGGUGCCCGCCUGACUGCUUACGAACUUGUGUUCGACAAGAUACCUGCCACUCUGAUCUGCGAUGACAUGGCUGCCAUGGUGAUGCAGACAAAAGAUAUAAGUGCUGUUGUCACAGGUGCUGACAGAGUGGUAAAAAAUGGAGACACUGCAAACAAGAUCGGUACUUACCAGCUUGCCAUCCUUGCCAAGUACCAUAACAUCCCGUUCUUUGUUGCCUGCCCGACGACCUCGUUUGACCCAUGCAAGGAGACAGGGGAAGAAAUAAUUAUUGAGGAGAGGCCUGAUAGAGAAAUGCUUUACUUGAAUGACAUCCGGAUAGCUGCUGAAGGUAUACAGUGUUUCAACCCCGCCUUCGAUGUGACCCCAGCUCAGCUCAUCACUGGAGGCAUCAUAACAGAGUUUGGUGUCUUCUCUCCAGAACAGCUCUAUGAGGAACUGAAAUCAAGAAAUAACUUGUUAUAAAAAGCCAUUUUUAUGUUUAAUUAACGUAAAAUUAAAAGGUAUUGUUUUCUUUUUUAGCUGCACUGAGCAAAGCAUCCAAAACUUGUGUUUGUUGUUCAUUGUCUUUAUAUAUGAGGAAUGAGCAUGUUAACACUGGUCACAUUAUUUGAACAUUUAACAACAUUGAACAUUUAAAACUCACAUUGUGUGUACAUUUAAAAGAAGGGGCCUAUUUACAAACCAGACACAUUGUGUUUGCAUAAGAAGCCUGAGUCUGUGAACAGCCCAAUUAAAUUGUGUGGACAUUUGAAGACUGACCAGGUGGACACAAAGGUCACAUCGUGUGUACAUUUGCAGACUGAGCAUGUUCUUCAAAUGUACACACAAUGUGACAAGUGUGUCCACAUGGUCAGUCUUCAAAUGAUCACACAAUGUGACUGGAGUGUUAGCAUGCUUAUUCUUCAAAUGUACACACAAUUUGACUAGUGGGUUAAUAUGCUCAUUCUUCACAGGUUAACAAAUUGUGACUGGACUGUUCACAUGCCAUUUUCAUAUUAACACCCAAUGUGACUGGACUGAUAACAGUUUCAGUCUACAAAUGUACACACAAUGUGACUAGUGUGUCCACAUGGUCAGCCUUUAAAUGUACACACAAUGUGACUGUGUGUACAUUUGAAGAAUGAGCAUGUGAACACUAUUGUCACAUUAUCAAUACAUAUGAAGAAUGAGCAUGUAAACACUCCAGAAACAUUGUGUGUACAUUUGAAGACUGAGCAUGUGGACACACCAGUAACAUUGUGUGUACAUUUGAAGGGUGAGCAUGUGAACACUUAAGUCAUGUUGUGUGUACAUUUGAAGACUGACCAUGUAAACACACUCAUCACAUUGUGUGUACAUUUGAAGGGUUAGCAUGUGAACACACCUGUCACAUUGGCUGUACAUUUGAAGGGUGAGCAUUUGAACACUUCAGUUAAAUUGUAUGUACAUUUGAAGAAUGAGCAUGUGAACACACCAGUCGCUUUUAGUACAUUUGAAGACUGAGCAUGUGAACACUCAAGUGAUAUUGUGUAAAGUUUUAGACCCAGCAUGUGAACACUACAGUCGCAAUGUGUACAUUUGAAGACUGUGCAUUUUAACACACCAGUCACUAUGUUAACAUUUUAGACUGAACAUGUCAACACACCAUUCCCAUUGUGUAGAUUUGAACACUGUGCAGUUAAAUACACCGGUCAUAUUGUGUACAUUUGAUGUUAUGUUGUUCGAAUAAACAUUUAACAUAA